AUGGAUGUUUUCAAGCACACUUUAAUUGAUAAAUACUGGCAUUAUGAAGGUCAACUUCUGGAUUGGACUAGAAAAAUACCUUUCUUGCAGCAAUAUACUAAUAAUCCAAUUAGUUCACGGAUAACCUUAUUUCUGCUUCUAAUGGGAUCUUUGGCAUUUGUGAAUGAGCUAUAUAUCACCAUUGAGAUGGCUUUUGUGCAGAAGGAAACUUACCAGGAGUUGAGACAAAGAAAAUUAGACGAAGCGCUAAGAGAUCAUAAAUUGAUUGUAGAUGAUACCUUUCAUGGCAAGGAGUUUUUAGACGAGAAAUCUGGAAUUGUUAUAGAGGAAUUCGAAAGUAUGGCAAAUUUCUUUGCGAAACCUGUCCAUGUUGCUCAUCUGUUUGUUAGGUGCACUGUAAAAAGCUCAUCAAUUAACGAGUCUGAUUUACCAGGAGAAAUGACAUUCCAUGUGGAAUUUUCACCAGAAGAGUACGAAAUGCAGCGUAGAACAGAGUUUGGCACAUCUUUAGAGGUAUUGAGGAGGAAAUUGUAUCAUCUUUUCAAGGAUACUGAUUCGUACCGUCGUUUAGAGAAAGAUCACAAUGUGUCGUUCAGUAUCUCAAAAAAUGUGAAGAUUUUUAAUACAUUUGACGAAGAGCUCAAUACUGAUUUAGAUGAUAUUCAACUGUGUUUUUUGAAACUUGAAACUGGAGAUACCAUUUGUUGUGAAUUUACCCUUUGA